CUGUAGAGUAUAUAAAGUGCCUCCGUGCAGAUGAGAGGUCGUAUAAGGAAUCUACUGAACUUACCUGUUCAUCAUGAUGAAGCUGCUUCUUUCUCUGACUCUCAUCUGGGCGCUCUCCAGCACAGGUGAAGCACUUGUGUGUGAAACUUGUACAGAUGUUACAGAUGCUGCCUGUUCAACCACAGCAGCAGUUCCAUGUCCCACAGAAACGAUGUGUAUCACAGCUUCCAUUCAAGCCGUUUCAUCUGGGACUCCUGGACAGCAAAUCUACAAGGCCUGUGCCCCCCCCUCCCUGUGUCCAGCCAUUGGCUCUUCUACAUUUUCAGUUAACUUGGGUGUUUCCAGUGCACUUGCAAAUGCUACAUGCUGCAACGCAGACAGCUGCAACUCCAACACCCCACCUUUACCUGAGGUUCCAGCAGUUAACAGUCUACAGUGUCACGUUUGUAACCCCGUCACCUCUGAUUGCAGCUCUUCAGUACAAUGUAAGGGAACAGAGGAUCUCUGCUUUCAAGCCAGUGUGACAAAUACGGGCGUCACUUCUCCAGCUUUUGGCUGUGCAUCUACAAAUCUGUGUGCAGCUGCUGCCAGCCUGCGGUCACUGCCUUUCAUGCAAGAUGUUGGUACCAUUACCAGUGGACCAGUCUGUUGUGGGACUAGUUUGUGUAACACUACAACAACGACUACUACAACAACCACUGCCAGUGAUGCCUGUUGUGUCAGAAUGGGAAUGCUGCAUCUGCUGAUUGGACUCCUCAUUUUCAUCCUAUUUUAGAUUUCAGAACAAAAAUGGAUGAACCUUUGAAUCCACUGGAAGGACUCUGAGAUAACCUUUAGAAGUCUGGUCUUUGGUUUACUUGGUGCAAUCUUUGAUUGGUAGUCACACAGAUUAUAAAAUACCUAUUUAGUCAAAAGGGGAUAGGGACUGGGUGAAGUUAAAGUGAGCUAAGUCAGCACCAAUGAUAUAGACACACGCACACAAAACUUUAACUUAACUAUUAUUAGAUUAGUUAACCUAAAUUUAAGUGAAACAAAAAAAGCUUCACAGGAACAUUCUCACUGGGGAUUUUUUCCCAAAUCUGUGUUUAUAUUUGAAGUGGAGUGAAUACUGUUAUACAUUUGAUCUUUUUUAACCCUUUUUGAAAACUAUCAUACAUUAUUUAAAAAUAGUAUAAUCCUAAAUUCUGGUAUAAAUUAAAGUCACAUUUCAGGAAAAAAUUGUCAUCUCAUUAACUAUUUAAAUUAUUUAAAAGCUUUAUCUCAUGUUUUUUAAUUUUUUCCAAAAUUCAAUAUUAUUUGAAACUCAUAUAUUGAUGCCAAUGUGACUCAGUACAGGUGUUAGAUUCAAAUCUAAUAUAAUACCAUUGUUUCUUUCGCCUCUCUUAAUUUAAUUAUUAAUAUAUUGCUUUUUCUUCAGAUUUUACUCAUGGUGAAAAUGCAAAAAAAUUAUUGUUGUGGUUACUGUUUUUUAUAUGCACAAAUUGGACUUUCACCUUAGAAUGAGGCCACAAAAGACGAAAAUUAUGAUAAAUGUGUUUUAUUACACAAAAGAGGAACAUAUUUACGGUGUUAUAUGUUGUAAUCAUUCAUUAAAACCACUCAAAAACAA